UAAACAUCGAGGAAUUAAACACACAUCACCAAGAUGGUGAAAAUUAUGAAGACAGGAAAAGUCGUACUGGUCCUUAGUGGCCGGUAUGCAGGAAGAAAAGCCAUUGUUAUGCGUAACUAUGAUGAUGGUACUACUGAAAAGCAGUAUGGACAUGCUAUGGUUGCAGGUAUUGAUCGAUACCCACGCAAGGUCCACAAAAGGAUGGGAAAAGGAAAGUUGCACAAACGGUCCAAAAUCAAGCCAUUUGUUAAGAUCUUAAAUUAUAACCACUUAAUGCCAACAAGAUAUACUGUAGAUUUACAAUUGGACAAAGUAGCUCCAAAAGAUCUCAAAGAUCCAAUGAAGCGUAAGAAGGUUCGUUUCCAGACCCGUGUCAAAUUUGAAGAAAGGUACAAGAAUGGCAAGAAUAAGUGGUUCUUCCAGAAGCUAAGAUUUUAAUUCUUUAUAAAUAAAAUUCUGAAAUAUAAAGAGAAAA